GGGUGUCCUCCAGCUUCGUGCUGGACGAGGCAGAGCUGGACCGGCUGAUGGCGCUGAGCAACGAGAUAAAAAACCCCACCGUGCCGCUCAAGUCCGAGCUGGCCUACGAGGUGUUCGAGCACGGCCAGGUGCGCUUCUGGCUGCAGGCUGAGCAGCUGUCCCCCGACGCCAGCUUCCGCUUCGUCAUCAACGACCGGGAGGUGUCCGACAGCCCGACGCACAAGAUCAAGUGCGACAAGGCGACGGGCGUCAUCGAGAUGGUGAUGGACCAGUUCACGGCGGAGAACGAGGGCACCUACACGGUGCAGAUCCACGACGGGAAGGCCAAGAACCAGUCCUCCCUGGUCCUCAUCGGGGACGCGUUCAAGGCCGUCCUGGACGAGGCUGAGUUCCAGCGGAAAGAGUUUAUCCGGAAACAAGGCCCGCACUUCGCCGAGUACCUGCACUGGGACGUCACCGAGGAGUGUGAGGUCCGCCUGGUCUGCAAGGUCGCCAACACCAAGAAGGAGACGGUGUUCCGGUGGCUGAAGGACGACGCCCUGUUCGAGACCGAGAGCCCGCCGGACCUGGAGCGGGGCGUCUGCGAGCUGCUGCUCCCCAAGCUGUCCAAGAAGGACCAUGGGGAGUACAAGGCAACCCUGAAGGACGACAGAGGCCAGGACGUGUCCACCCUGGAGAUCGCCGGCAAAGUGUACGAGGACAUGAUCCUGGCGAUGAGCAGAGUCUGCGGCUUGUCUGCGUCUCCUCUGAAGAUACUCUGCAACCCAGACGGGAUCAGGCUGCAGUGCUUCAUGAAAUACUUCACCGAGGAGAUGCGUGUGAGCUGGUACCACAAAGACGCCAAGAUCGCGUCCAGCGAGCACAUGCGGGCGGGCGGCAGCGAGGAGAUGGCCUGGCUGCAGAUCUGCGAGCCCACGGAGAAGGACAAGGGCAAGUUCACCUUCGAGAUCUCGGACGGCACCGACAACCACCAGCGCUCGCUCGACCUGUCCGGCCAAGCCUUCGACGACGCGCUGGCCGAGUUCCAGCAGCUCAAGGCGGCUGCGUUUGCAGAGAAGAACCGCGGCAAGGUGAUCGGCGGCCUACCGGACGUGGUGACCAUAAUGGAAGGCAAGACCUUGAACCUGACCUGCACGGUGUUCGGGAACCCGGACCCCGAGGUGGUGUGGUUCAAGAACGACAAGGACAUCGAGCUCAGCGACCACUUCUCGGUGAAGGUGGAGCAGGCCAAGCACGUGAGCAUGAGCAUCAAGGGCGUGACGGCCGAGGACUCGGGCAAGUACAGCAUCAGCGUCAAGAACAAGUACGGGGGCGAGAAGAUCGACGUGACGGUCAGCGUGUACCAGCACGGCGAGACCAUCCCCGACGUGCCUCCGCCCCAGCAGGCCACGCCCAAGCUCAUCCCCGCCUCCGCCUCCGGCCCGGCCCCGUGAGGCGGCGCCGCGGGCGCGGGCGCGGGCGCGGGCCGUGUGCCGUGUGCCGUGCCCCGUGCCCCGUGCGUGUCACCAGCUGAGUGACCCCAUGCGUGGCCGGAGAGCGAGCCUGCGCCACGCGUGUUUGGCUUUGGUGCUUGUUCCAUCUAGUUUAGGGCCCUUGAGGCGGGAAGCCAGGGUCGUGUGGGGUGUCCUGUCCUCCACCCCGGGGUGGACCCCUGUGCCAACGUGACCCAGCACCCCGGCUCCUGGCUGGAGCCCUGUAGGCCGUGCCGCUGCCACUGUGUGUUCUCUUGCUUGCGACGAAUAAAGCUUUACGAGGC